GUUUCCUGGCCAGUUCUGCUUUAUAAGGGCUGGAAAUCAUAUUUCGCAGAUACACCCUCCUUUCUCUGGCGACAUGGCUUCUGCUCGUACCGCGCAUCUUGUCCGGACUCCAGAUUUCCAGCGCAUCAGCGACUAUGCUCCGCUGGAGGAACGUAUUGCUCUGACCUAUCGGAGAGCACGGGCUAUUGCGAAGGCAUAUGCUCUCACGGCGGACGAUGUCCUCUACCUGAAGCCGAAGUUUUGGGAGUUGCACAUGGACAACAUUUAUGCUAUGGAUGGUGGCGCAUUCACGCUACUCACAAUCCAGUACAACCUGGCCGCCGGCACGUUGGCUGCAUUCGCAGAAAAGCGCCCCGAGCUUCGUCCUCUUAUGGACCAAGUCAUGAAAUUCGACGUCUCGGCACAGUAUCUACUCACGGAGCAAGCCCACGGACUUGAUGCUCCGAACCUGGAGACGACCGCCACAUUGCUGCCUAAUGGAGAGUUUGAUCUCCAUACGCCACACGACGGAGCACGGAAAUACAUGCCACCAACUGGCCCGUUUGGCGCUAUUCCUCGAGUGGCAGUCGUAUUCGCCAAACUGGUCGCGGAUGGCGAGAACCGAGGCAUCCGUCCUUUCAUCGUCGCGCUGGGUGACGGAAAGCAGACGUGUAAGGGGGUCACAGUGAAAUUGUUGCCGCAGCGUGGGGGUAUCAAACCGGUCGAUCAUGCCGUUACGUCCUUCGAUCAUGUGAGGCUCCCCUCGACGGCCCUUCUGGGCUCCCUUGAGAAACCAAGGAAUCUCCGGGACAACUUCAUCUCCUGCAUCUGGCGCGUCUCCGUAGGUUCCCUUGCACUGGCAGCCAUGGCUGUGCCGCUCCUCUCCGUCAACGCCUACGUAGCUGCGCGUUACAGCCUCCGUCGGACGGUGACCGGCUCCGACGGCGUCCGCGUACCUAUCAUGAGCUUCCGCACGCAACAACUCCCGAUUAUGCAAGCUAUCGCACAGGCAGCGGUUAUCCGGGCCCAUGCGAAGGCCGGGGCUGCGAUCUACAAGGAUACGUCGAUUGACCACCGCGUGCGGAGCGGCGUCGCGGCUGCGGCCAAGGCAUCCAUGACCCAACAUGCAUGGUCAAGUCUCGCCAUACUUUCUGAACGGAUCGGGGCGCAUGGUGUCUUUGAGCACAACAGUGUCCUGCAAUCCGAGUUGCUGAUGCGAGGUAUCAGAAUUGCGGAAGGCGAUGUCCUCGCGCUGAGCAUUCGUCUCGCGAACGAGCUUCUGCUGGGCCGCUAUUCCAUGCCAACGCCAAAGCACCCGGACUGCCUUCUGGCCCGACACGAGAUGGGCUUAUUCGCCGAAUGCCGUGCUCUUCUCGAGAAGGUCGGCGGCAAUCAUCGCCAUGAGAGUCUCUCCCGGCUGCUUCUCCCUCGCUGCCUGCCUCUGGUGCAAGCCAUGGGACACCGCAUGGCGUACGAGUCGGCUCUCGACGGUGGCGUCGACAGGCCACUGGUGGAUUUGUAUGAGUCCGAGAUCGUCCUGUUCGACUCUGCUUGGUACGUCGAACGCGCAAAUCUCCCCCGAUGGGCGCAGUUCGAGAUGGAGGACAAGGCGCUGAGUGCUGCGAUGCCCCAUCUCGAGGAGUACCUCGCAAAGACGGGCGCAGAGCCGUACGCCACGUCGCCCAUCCUCACUGAAGAAAGCUGGACGGCAUUCAUCAACGAACUGCCCGUGUUCAAGGGCAACGCCGAACUCUCGCUGAUCUCCUCGCCGCCUACUUUGGCCCCUGCGCCUCCAGUUCAGGCGCACCUUUGAACCGUCGUCCAGUCUCGUACGCUGUGAAAACGUCGCAUUUGCCAUGAUAGGAAUCCCUUUCCUCCCCUCUCGGAUGUACUUAUAGAUAUGUAAGUUAGAUUAUCUUGCACGCCAUAUUAGCCAUGUUCACAAGUAUGCACCGUUAUACAUGUCCAUUCCGCGCGUUCACCCUCUAUGAGUUGGCCUGUUGGCUAGACGUUCGAACGUUUUGGACAUGGCGUGUUGCAUGAUGUGCGUUGUGUCGCCACAGGAGCUAAUUCAUAUAUGGCGAAAAUGGCUGCCUCGCGCCUACGAGACACCUUCCCAC